AUGUCAGUUGAAAAGCAUGUCGACUUCGACGGCCCGGAUGAUCCUCUUAACCCCCUCAACUGGCCCAUGAGGAAAAGGGUCUAUAUCUCUGCCAUACUGGGCCUCAGCACAAUGGUCGUCGCGUUUGCAAGCAGUAUCUUCUCCGCCGCCAUGCCAUCAGUGAUGCAGCUAUAUGGUAUCAGCCGGGAGGUAUGCACCCUCGGUAUAUCCCUCUACGUCUUCGGGUUCGCAUUCGGUCCGUUGUUCUUCGGUCCCUUCUCGGAGCUCAAGGGCAGAUACAUGCCCCUUGUAAUCUCAAUGUUUGGCUUCACGAUAUUCUCGUUCGCAACUGCCGUCUCCAAAGACCUCCAAUCCCUGUUCAUCCUUCGCUACUUCACUGGAUUCUUCGGUUCCGGUCCGCUCACACUCGCCGGAGCAUCAUUUGCGGAUAUGUUCGCGCCGGAGCAGCGGGGUAUUGCCAUCGUCAUGUUCUGCUUGAUGGUGUUCAUCGGUCCUCUCGCUGCUCCAUUUGUGGGAGGCUUCACGGUAAUGAACUCUUCGCUGGGCUGGCGGUGGACGGCAUAUAUUCCGGGUAUUCUAGGAGGCGCCGUGCUCCUGCUUCUGGUCGUCUUCCUGGAGGAGACCUACCAGCCGGUAAUCCUGGCUCGAAAAGCUGAUCGAUUGCGCCGCGAAACCGGCAACUGGUCACUUCACGCCCGGCACGAAGAGCUGCGUCUUGAUGCUAGAUCCAUAGUGACCGAGUACCUCGCCCUGCCACUGAAGAUGCUCGUGCUCGACCCGAUUGUCACGUGCAUGUGUGUUUUCGCAUCUUUCGUGUACGGUCUGCUUUAUCUCUUCUUGACCGCAUAUCCGAUUAUCUUCCAGAGAAUUCAUGGUAUGAACCCAGGAGUGGGUGGGCUGCCCUAUCUGGGGGUUAUCGUGGGGCAGCUCCUGGGCGCCGUUGGCAUCGCAGCGACCCAGCCCUGGAUUCUGCGCAAGCUGGAGCAAACCGGUGGCGUGAUGAUGCCAGAGUGGCGUCUUCCUGUGGCUAUCCCAGGUGCAGUCGCUUUCUCUGGGGGGCUCUUCUGGCUGGGAUGGUCGGGAUACAAGCAGAGCAUCCACUGGAUUGUGCCGACUCUGUCGGGGCUGCUGACCGGAUUUGGAUUGUUGACUAUGUUUCUUCCCUCGCUUGCUUAUCUGGUCGAGGCUCGUCCUCAGAAAGCGGCAUCAGCUGUUGCUGCACACACAUUCCUGCGGUCGGUCGCGGGAGGCGUCUUCCCACUAUUUGCAACAUACAUGCUAAGCAGCGCAUACUUCAAAUCAUUGCUAGAGAAGCUGGAUGCCAUGGAUUCUCCAUUGAAUUCCCCUGUUCGCUCUGCUGAAGCGAGCCCAUUAGGGUCAUUUGAGGAGGAAUCCGUGCCCUCCUCGAUCCUUCUCUUGGAGUCGGGAUCUCCUGUUCAAGCAGUGUGGCCGGAGUUAAUAUCAGGGCUCGAGAUGCUGAGGGAAGGAAGCAAAGAUCCAUCGUAUCUGGAUCGAACCAACGUGACGGAGCCAGACUUUAUCUUCUUUGACACCUCACUGGACUCGUUGACUAGAGCGCAUCAGCAAGCACAGUCUACCACAGAAGGGGAUAAGGAAAUCGACAGCGACAAUUUGUUGUCGACAGCACAGGCUGCAAACCAUGGUACAAAAGGUGUUCCGGUGGAGUACUCGACGACAAAGACUGUUAUGGCAACUGCCGAUUUCGAAGCAUCUGUCGGUCUCCCCCGUCGGGGCCGAUUCUCCAAAGAGCAGAUCGAGUUAAUUCGGGCGCAAGUGCGUGCUGCUCACCAGCAUGGACUGCUCGCACGGUAUACCGGCAUCCAGUGCCAUCCGCGACGAUCACGCAAGCUGAUUUUGCGAGUACUAGCUCAGGAAGGAGUUGAUUUAAUUGAGAACGACAAGAAUGAUUGCGAGCGACCGUGGUGGAACUCACCUGUCCUUGGAAGGAUGGUGAGGAUAGCAGAAGAGAACCUGGGUUUCUAG